UACAGCUAACAAUCCGGAGUAUGACCACUAUUCACUUCAUUUGUCAUGCAAAGUUGCGUGGGGUGUCAGCAGUAAUUACCCCGCUUCAGCUGCGCCUGAUUUACCCUAAGCCUUAAGCCUAUAUUAAUCUCCCACCCCUCUCUCCAUCUUACCCGAUCUCAUUCCCAUCCUCCAUCCACCCAACACCCCAAAUACCCCAUCCAAAUGGCACCCACCAUUCUCUUCGUCCCCGGAUUCUGGGAAGGCCCUACAGUCUUCGACCCAGUAUCCACCCUCUUAUCCGCCGAUGGCUUCACCACAGAAACAGCCAUCCUCCCUAGCACAGGCACCACAUCGCCCGGUAACCCCAGCAUGGCCGACGAUAUCGCGGCCGUGCGCGCCCACCUGGAGAGUAUCGUCCAGCGCGGAGAAGAAGUCAUUCUAGUUUUGCACUCGGCUGGAGGAUUCCUUGGCAGCGCUGCCAUGGAGGGACUUAGCAAGCCGACUAUCGGAAAGGGUGGUGUUGUGAAGAUUGUCUUUUUGAGUGGUGCAGUUUUCCCAGAGGGGUUUGAGCAUCAGCCGUUGCCGUUUGCUGUUGUUAAGGGAGGUGCGAUGUACUGCGUUCAGCCAGAGGUGCUUCUUCUGGAUGAUGUCCCUGAGCCCGAAAAGGCGCAGUGGUUGGCUGCAUUGAAGCCGCAGCCGGCUCAGGGCUGGGAUGGCACGGUGCCGUACGCGGGGUGGAGGGAUGUACCUAGUGUUUACCUUGUCUGCGAAGGGGAUAAGGCUCUCCCGGCGGGUCUUCAAGAGCAAUUAGCUGGACUAGCCGGGAGUCAGAUUGAGCGGUGCAGUGCCGGUCAUUUGCCCCAGGUCAGUCAGCCUGAGCGGGUGGUGGAGGUGAUUAAAGCUGCUGCUGCAACUGUGUAAGAGACAAGCUAGAUGAAGAAAGUAAUCUGGGAAGUGCAGAAUUACCAGACUGCCUAUUCGAUCUUGAAUCGGCUGGCUGCUACAUUCACGCAUGGGCACAACAUUUGAUAUACAUAUUUCAUAGCUACAUAGAAGUAUUGUACAAUCACUCAGAAUCAUCAGACUGGAGAGUCUUGCCAUUAAUAGC